AUGACCUCAGAGUUUAAAAGAUGGAGGAAUUUGAUCUUGACAAGCGGAUAUUUAAGGGUUUAAAAGACAACCCGGGACUUGAUAUGCUUAGAUUUGCUGUUAUCAAACUAGAAUCUUGUAAUGGGACGAAAAGUAUAUCAUUUUCAGAAGUCACUUGUGAAUAUGAAGUGUUGAGGAACAAAACAAACCGACGGCCAUGUGUUUUUCCUUUUACAUUAAUCUUCAAUGAGGGAGUUUCUUUCUUGGAAAGUUUGGAAAAAGGAAGCAGUGAUGACAUAAAAAACAUGGAACCUCACAUGAAAGAAGCUGUUUUACGCCUUAAUGCAUUUUACAAAUCUAUAGAGUAUAACGAAACCUGUCUGAAAAAAGUCUUUGACAUGAAAGUAAAAGGUGAAGAAAUGGCAGCUACAGAGACGGAUAUAAGCAUUACACUUGCGGAGCACUUGCUAGGAAAGUUAGCUCCUGGAGAGUCCUACAAAAUUGAUAAUAAAGCAAGGGGAAAGAAGAGCUGCAGGUGUGGAUGUAAAGUGACGCCUGUAUUUGAUGGAACAGGAAUAGGUCAUGAACAAGUUUGGCAUGGAUUUAUUGAUAUUGUCUUCUCCUCACAUCUGGGACUUCAUUCCAUGGCAAAUACUGUGUUGGAUAUUGAAGAAAAUAUUUCCAAAAAAAGAAGAGUUGAUGAACAGGAUGAAACGAACGAUGAUUCUCCAGGCAGGAAAACAAUAACAGAGGUCAAGCAAGCAUUACCAGAAAAUAUACUGUCACAAGCAAUAGCACAAACAAUUGUGUUUUCCCUACUUCAAAAGCAGAAACACCCUGAAUUUUUACACCACAUGAUUCCAAAUAUUGUUAUUUCCCCAGAAAAGCUUGAAAUUAUGAUGUAUGAUUCAGAUAAUGAUGUUUUACUUUGCAGCAAUCCAAUUCAUAUAUUCAAUUUAGACCUCCCAGAAAACAGAACUCUCAUUGAUGAGACUGUUGUUAUUAUUUGGAUGGUUUUACACUACAGAAUAUUUGGUACUGGAUUAAAUAAGGCAACGCCUUAUUUACUUGAAAGAUGUAAAUCAAAUUUUACGCAACUUGUUGCAAGUAAAUGGGAUAUCUAUUCAAAAUCCUUAAAGAGCUGUGUUCCUGGUUUCCCUUCAGUACAAAAGUGGCCAUUAGGUGAAUUAAUUCAGUGUGGCGAAACACUUAAAUUUGAGUCAGAUGACUUUUAAGAUCUGAAUUUUUACAAAAUGAAGGUUUGUCAGCUUGCCCGUGUUGCAUUGGGUAACAUUUUCAUUCAGAUUUCCAUCUUGGGAUAACAGUAGCUGAAAGCACUGUUAACCUUAUUUCCUAAGAUCUACCAAGCACUAAAGAUACCAGUACAUGGAACACCCCCCCCCACCCCCAAACUCCCAUCCCUUUCAUAAAAAUGCAGGAAAGCAAAAUAAAGAUAUAACAGAGUUUGAAUCUGUAAAUACUAAUUCAUACAUCUAUCACUAUGCUCAGUGAAUAAAUCUUCUCUUAAGUCUAUAUCUGUGGAUUGAUUAUAUAGAAAUCCAAACCCUUCACAUGUAAAAAUUAAUCAUACAAAUGAAAUACAUGUGUGUGUGUGUGUGAGGGAGGGGGAGUAUAGAUCAUGAUGAAUUGUUUACUUUUGUGAUAAAAUUUUGGAGCAUCUAUUCAUGAUCAGAAUAAUAAAAUGAAAAAUUAUAUUCCCCAAACAUAGUUUGAGAACAUUAAUGGACUUCUGGUAUUUGGGUUGGGCUCUUUUGUUUAAAUAUAGCAAGAAUGUAUUAGUGCUUUGAAAAUUUCUUGGCCCUUGAAGUAAUCAAAAUAAAUUCAAUAAUAGUAAUGUAAAUAAUUUGUGUAAAUAUGCAUUUUCUCUGCUCUCUGCUCUUUGGUUUCUAGGAGGUAAGCAGAGUAUAUCAUUGUAAUAAGUGAUGCAAACUAGUUAUUCCCCUUUUCGUGACUGUGUUAAUAUAAUUGUGUUAAUAAAAGAAGUCCCUGUAUAAAUAUAAUAUUGUAAGAAUAUCCCAAAAUUGGAAGAGGAAAAAUACCAGACAUUAUUUAAAGAUGAAUAGAGAACAAUACAUGGCAAAAUCUGCAUCGCAUCCCAUAUCAACCGGAGACUCCAAUAUCAGCCCGAGGGCCGAAUGCCAGAGGGCUGAUAUUGGUCGAGGGUUGAUAUGGGAUGUGAUACAGAUUUUGACAUGUAUUGUUGUUUUUAUUAUAUAUUUGAAUUUAGAAAGCUAGUUUUCAUUUUUCACAUCGAAAAAACUUACAAGCGUAUUAUCACUAUCUUCAACCGCACAUUUUCGACGUUCAUAUGUAUUAUGACAUCAUCUAUACUAAAUUGUUUUGCCUCGGACUAGAAUGUCGCGACGUCAUUGGAUGAAACGCGUCACGUGACUGCCUUACAAAUUUCUUUAGAAGGCAAGCGUUAAAAUUUAUAGGGCAACAUGGCGGACGUAACGUUAUUUGAGCUGAUUUUUUACACAAACGUUUGUUUACAUAUCAAACUUUAGGUCCUCGACAGAACAAAACACUUAUUAGGUUUGUUACUGACUUCUAUGGACUUUACCGACCCCACAAAUUUCUUUAAACAGUCGGUAACAAACCUUAUAAGUAAUAAUAUUUAGAUCAUGACGUCAUAGUUUCGACUUCAGAUAUGCACAGAAAAGAGAAUAAGAUCCGAGGUUAUCCGAAUAAAAAGUAUAAAGGUGUUCCGGAUAGGUGUUAUAUCGGGAGUGAUAAAGGAUGAAGUAAAGGGUAAUAACACCGGGUGUGUGAUAAAGGCGUGUGCCACUGUUCAUAUCAGGGGUGCAAAAACCCUGUAUCUUAUACAAAGUAUAUAAUAAAGUCUAAUAUUUGAGCUGAAAAAAGUAAAAAAAAUUGAUUGAAACAGGUCCCCAAAAUGAUGAAACAUGCUAACCAUUAUGCUAUUGAGGAUCAUUGCUUUGUAUGAAAAAAGAUAAAUGUCUAUAUUAUGGGUUAAUUUGAAAUAUAUUUUUAAUUUAUCAUUCUGAUUAGAGUUUUUAUAAAUUUUAAAAAAUAACAGAAAAGUUAUGAUACACACACAAGUUUUUAAAAAAAACUUUUAAAAUUAUUUCCUGUGACCAGCAGAAGGUGCAACCCACACACCAAAUGUUUUCAACACACAUCUACAUAUGAAAGUUUCAGACUCCUAUCUUCAACACUUUCAUUGGGUAAAUGGAAUUGAAGUUUGUGAAAAUGAAAGGCCAUGCUUUCUCUCAAGGGGAGAUAAUUAGAAUUUAUUGAAAAUUUGUUGAUAUUUUUCAAAAAUCUUCUUCUCAAAAAUCAUUUGGCCAGAAAAGCUGAAACUUGUGUUGAAGCAUCCUUAGAUAGUGUAGAUUCAAGUUUGUUCAAAUCAUGGUCCCUUGGGAUAAGGUGGGGCCACAAUGGGGGGUCGAAGUUUUACAUGGGAAUAUUAUAAAAAUCUUCUUCUCAGAAAUCAAUAAGCCAGGAAAGCUGUAACUUGUGUGGAAGCAUCCUCAGGUAGUGUAGAUUCAAAUUAGGUCAAAUCAUGACCCGCAGGAGUAGAUAACGUCCACAAUGGGGGGGGGGGGGGGGGGGGGGGGAUGGGCAAACUUUUACAUAUUAGGAAUAUAUAGAGUAAAUCUUUUUAAAAUCUUCUUCUCAGAAAUUAAUUCAUCAGGAAAGCUGAAACUUAUGUGGAAGCAUCCUCAGGUAAUGUAGAUUUAAAGUUGUGAAAAUCAUGAACCCCAGGGAUAGGUUGGGGGUACAAAGGGGGGGGGGGGACUUUGACAUAGGAAUAUCUAGAGUAACUCUAUAAAAAUCUUCUUCUCAGAAACUAAUCAGGCAGGAAACCUGAAACUUGUGUGGAGGCAUCUUCAUGCCAUAAUCCUCGGGGCAGAGUGGGGUCACAACUGGGGGGGGGGGGAUUUACAUAGGAAUAUGAAUAGAGAAUGUUUUAAAAUUUAAUUUAAAUACAUGUAUAAACAAUAUUUUAUUAUGCAAUAUAUCACAUAAAUGGAUGGGAUAGCAGUCAUUGCCUAUAUAAAUCCUCUCCGAGAAUUUUUUAAAAUAUCUUUUUUCUAACCUCUUGCCUAGAAAAGCUUUAACUUUACUGAAAGCAACCUCAGAUAAUGUAGAAAUAAAAAUCUUGAGGAGUAGGGUGGGGCCAUAUUGGGGAUCUAAUUUUACAAAGGGAAAUAUUUUAAUUAUUCACAAAACUGAAAUCUUAUGAUAUAUGGUUUUACUUAUAUGCAAGCAUUUUGACAUAUUGUUGAUUCUUUAAAAUUGUAUAUUUACAUUCCACAUAUUUUCUUCUUGUCAAAUGUGUUUAAAGCUACGGCAGUUAUAACACUGUAAUGCACACAGGUUUCUCAAAGGUUAAAAUGACGAGUUUUAUUAUGAUGUCACAAACGUUGAACGCUGUAAACUGCAAUGUCAUAAGCAAAAAUCAAAGUUCAAAUUGUUUAGACUUUGGCCCAUGGACAAUUCUUGGGCCUCACAAGGGGUUCAGAGUUUGAUCCCAUAUAUAAACAAUUGUUUAGGAUCUUAUUAACAAUUUUUUAGGAUCUUUUUGAGAACUGCAAUGCUCAAUAGGUAAUAUGACUAUAAAAUCAUCCUGUUAGAAAAAGGACUUGAUUAUAAACAUAAGAAUAUCCAGGGUAAAAAAAAUGGACUCUUACUUAUACAGGAUCUACAUGUAUUAUAAUACAUUGUCCAUCUAGUUUGUAUUAUGACUCCAUUAAGCUGAUCUUAUCAUAUCUAUUGUUGCUCAGGUGAGUGAUGUGGCCCAUGGGCCUCUUAUUUGGAUAAUUUGUCACUUCAUGACAAAAGUGGUCAUUUUGAAAAAUCAAAAUUGUUGCACAUCUGGAUUUCUGAUAUGUUUUAUUAAACUGUCUGAGUCAUCGAAAAAUGCUAUGAUAAUAUAGGUCUAGCAGUGUGUGUUAUUGACUUAUGUUUAGGACAACAAAAUACUGGUAAUGAGAAAUAGAAAAGUGAAAACCCUUUGAUAUACCUUUAAAAUUGCUUCCUAUUUAAAUCAAUGCUGAAAAGUCCAACAUUUCGGUUGUUUUUACUUAGUAGUCCAUUGAAAAUUGAUGAUUGAUCAUAAAGAGAUAUAUAGAACCUAUUGACGAGAUUUUGAAUAGCUUAUUUGCAUUUGUUUACUUUUGAGAAAGACUUGAAUGACUUUAGCCACAGUGCGGGUAUUAAAGGAAAUUUACAUCUUGAAAGCCAGGACUAAACAUGUAUGCUAAUUAAACAAGGGGCCCAACAGCCUUAACAGUCACCUGAGGCGGAGUUUAAUACAGUAUAAUUUGUUUAAUCUGGAUUAUGAGUACUCUGGAAUUUUCUCCACUUCGGCUUUAAAUUUUAGUCCCAUGCUUUUCUUUAAAAAAUAUAUUACCAAACAUUCUGUUUAGUUCAGAUACUGUCUAAUCUGUAGUCUGAAUGGCCAUAAAGGUCCUAACUGCUCAUAAUUAACAGUCAUUAUUUUCUCUAAUCUGGCCACACAAUAUUAUCUGAGGUCGUUCAAUGCAAUUAACACCUCUGGUGGUAAAUGUGCUAAUGUAUGCUUUCAUAAGUGACAUGAUAUACUGAAAUAGGGCGGUGACAGUCAGCCCACUUGAAUAAAUAUAAAGUUUAGUUACAAGUAAAUAAAUAAAAAAAAAUGUGUGCUAAUGUAAUUUGAUUUAAAUGCCAUAUCUCACAACAGAACGUAAAAUUGGCACAUUCUUUACAUACUAAUAGUUAUAUAAAUCGGAAUUGAAACUAAAACAUCUGAUUUCAAAAUGUCACUCGAACACUGAAGGGAAGACGUAAAUGUAUGCAUAAAAGUGUAAAUGUUUAUUUGAUAAUUAUUGAAUAAUAAAAAACCUGGGUCUGGUUAUGUUGAAUGCAGAUAUACUUUUGACUUGCAAAACCCAUGCUCAAAUAUUAGACUUUAUCUUUAAUUCUGCUACAUCAAAGAGAUGCCGCAUAAAGUUAUUCUCCAAUAUACCACGAACGUCAUCAAUAAAUUAUCAGAACUUAAACACAUGCCAAACUCGAGUCGAUCAUGAGUUUUAAGUUAAAAACUGCUCUUUAUAAAAAAAAAUACAUUGAUAACAAGGGUUAGUGUUUUUUACAGCGAUGUGUAUUUCCUUUAAUGUUCAUUUCAAGGAGCUGGUUGCAGCUGUUCCAAGACCCUCCCCCAACACAUUUUCACUGCUUGUUUCCGAUAUGCAUUCUGAAGCAGCCAUUACUAACAAAACCUUUGGGGAACAGCCGUCUCUACCAAUCAGAUUCAUCUCACUUGAAAAUAUAACCUUCUUACUCUCUCUAUAGAUAAACCGAUCGACUAAUAAUGGGAUCUGUUAGUAGAAUAGAAAUAAAGUUCUUGUUAUCGUGUUCGCCUCGGCUUUUAUAUUUCUAAACAACAUUUCUCUACAUCGGAGAUUAUUCUGCAACAUUCUUUAUUUUUUAAAUGUCUGGUAUUUUUUCCUUCCAGUUUUGGGAUAUUUUAAUAAUAUCACAUUUAAUAUUGUUUGAAGUAUGAAGGUGUUACACAAACGUAACAAAUGUAUUGUUAUACUUCUCUGACUCUGAAAAGAGGAACAGAAUUUCUUAUUGUUGCCAUGGCGAAAGGGUUUCUACUUUAUUCACUUAUCUUCUUCCUCAGUGCAAACUCAGCAAAAUGGAGCAUCCAUUUAUUUUAAUUUUUAAAGAACGAAGACUUUAUAUCCCUUGCCAGAAUCAAUGAAAUUUAUAAAGAUUAACUUAUUGUUUUUGUUUUUUUAUUGUGUGUAACCUAGAACAAUAAUGUCAAAAUAUAGUAAAUGAAAUAUGACUAUAUGUGUCUCAAACUAGAGAAAUGAAUUCCUCAAAUGAUGGUUAUCAUAUGCAUUCAAAUUAUCUCAAUGGAUAUGAUUUAAAUCAUGAAAUAACUUUAAAUAAUCUCCUUUAUUGAAACAUAGUGUACAUUACAGUUGCUUUACAAUAUAUUUUUGUGAUAGUUUAAUUGAUGUGUUGAAAUUACUCAAAUGUUAUGCUGUAAUAUAUGUAUAAAUCAUAAAUAAAGAGAAUGAGAUUAAAA